AUGGAUUCUGGUGGUCUUAGACAACAGCUUCUUGUUGCACUUGAAGAACUUGAUCAAUCACAAUCUGAGGUUCUGCAAGUGAAAGUAAACCUUAGGGAUGCUAAGAACUUCAUUGAAUCAUUGAAAGAUCAGCUAAACAAGUCAAGGGAAAAGAGAAAGAAACUUGUUGAUAAGUUAAAGGAGAAAGAAAGCAGAAUCGUUGAUGAAGAAGCCUUGAAGGAGAAGGCAGAAGAAUGUGAGAGGCUUGCUAGUGCUAAUGUUGUUCAGGAGAAUGAGAUGGAAGCCAUUACUGUCAAGAAGGAGAAUGCUAAACUAGAAGAAUCUACACCUAAACCAAGGCAAUCAAGAAGUGUUGUUCCCUCAUUCGAUCCUACAAAGCCUACAAGCAAACCUAAACCAUCAGCCAAAUCAUCUGGUGAAGCAAAGAAAAAGAGGAAACAAGUAAGAGUUGUGAUUAUAGAUGAUGAAGAAACUAAGUCACAUGAAGCUAUAAAGGAGGUGAAGGAAAAAGUAGUUAAGGUCACCAAAGUUUCAAAGCAGAAAUUAUCUAGUAGAGAAAGGCCAAGCAAGAAAUCAAAUUCAUCUGAAAUUGAUGAGGUAAUGAAGCAAGGAAAAUUUGAAGUUAAACCUCUUAUGUCUCUAAAUAAAAUUGUGAAAAAGGUAGUAAAGAAUGGUAACUUGAACCCAUUAUCAGAAUGGUAUGAAAAUUUUGAUGAGAACGGUAAAAGAACCUUAGAGGAAGCCACUAUAGAAUAUGUGAAUGUAUAUAGAAAAGCCUUGAUAGAAUUAAUGUCUAAGAUUAUUAAGAGUUUGUACAAAGUUUUGGAUAUGAGAUGA